CUCUCUCUCUCUCUCUCUCUCUCUCUCACUUCCCAUUUCCUUCUCGUCUUCCUCCUCCCCCCACAAAGGCCACCUCCCUCUCUCUCUCUCUCUUCUUUCUCUCUCUAGAGCUCUAGCAAUGGCGAACAGCAACCUCCCUCGACGAAUCAUCAAGGAAACGCAGCGUCUCCUAAGCGAACCAGCUCCAGGGAUCAGCGCGUCACCUUCAGAAGACAACAUGCGAUAUUUCAACGUGAUGAUUCUUGGCCCCACUCAGUCACCUUAUGAAGGGGGAGUUUUCAAGUUGGAGUUGUUCUUACCAGAAGAAUACCCAAUGGCGGCACCCAAGGUUCGGUUUCUCACCAAAAUAUAUCAUCCUAAUAUCGAUAAGCUUGGGAGGAUUUGCCUCGACAUUUUGAAAGACAAAUGGAGCCCGGCACUUCAAAUUCGGACGGUGCUUUUGAGUAUCCAAGCUCUGUUGAGUGCUCCAAACCCUGAUGAUCCACUUUCAGAGAACAUUGCCAAACACUGGAAGACAAAUGAGGCUGAAGCUGUUGAAACAGCAAAGGAAUGGACCAGAUUGUAUGCUAGCGGUGCAUGACUGCAUUAAAUUUUGCCUUCUUUCAAGUAGCAUUACCUAUAAGUCGUGUAAGCUGUUCCGUGUUGAUGCAAAACUGGAAUACGGAAGAACUGAUGGUUGAAAGAUCGAAGUCUUAUAUCCUCAGAGCUCCCCGAAGUGACUGUUCGAUUUUUUUUCUUUUCCUCAUUAUUGGAAGCUUUGUACUGUGAAUUUCUAUUGUUGAGGUGUUACAUGUCUUUCUUGUCUCCAAUCGGUACACAAAUGGAGAUAAUCUGUUCGCUUGACUUUUAUAUGGAAGUGUCAUUUCGAUUUGGAAAUGCUAAAUUAAAUGCAAGACCUGUGAAUAUUGGGUG